GCCUGCGGGGUCGGACAUCCCGAUAAGGGGGACCCCGGGAGCCUGGAACGUGGAGCCCGGAUAGGGGGGACCGGACCCUCUGCAGCCUGGAGAUGUUGGGACCAUGGACAAGAGAGACCCAUGGGUACCCCGGGGCCCUGAAACGGGGACCCCGCACAGCUGGUACCCCUGGAGCCCCUCUGACACCCACCUGGGAGCCCAGGGAAGGGAACCUCUGGGAUUGCCAGGAGCCCCUGCAGCCCAGAGAGAGGAGAUGCCAAUACACACUGGAGCUGCAGAAGGCCAGGCAGGAGGGACCCCUGAACCCCAAAGUGGAGAGACCAGAGUGGGGGAACUCCUGGGUGAAUGGUUGUUUGGUGAAUCCUGGUGGUUUGGGUUUUUAUGAGGGUGGCUGAACCUUGGUGGUCUGGAAGUUUUUAUGAACACCAGAUACCUGGUGACUUCUGGAGAUGGAAUUGGGCAGGAGGAACACCCAAGGCAACACACUCACACCUUGUUUUUCCCCCAUAAAAGGAAUUUCAGUUCCCAAAGUUUGACCAGAUGGAGGAGGAGACCAUGAGGAAGAUGAAGAUGCCCUGGCAGCCCCAGGCAGGUGAGGAAGAAGACAAAUCCCCACAGCAGAACCUCGUGGAAGAGGCUGUUUUGAGCAGCUCCACAGCACAGGAACCCAAGGGGAGGAAAAGCCCCGGACAUCGGGCACAAGGACAGGCUGCAGACACAGAUCACAGGGAUCUGAGGAGGAAAGACCCACCUGAGGCUGGGGAGGCUGCCGGAGCUCAGAGCUGGGAGCAACUUCAAGAUGAGGAGAAGCCCCACAAGUGCUUGGAAUGUGGGAAGAGCUUCACCCAGAGCUUCAGGCUCCUCACCCACCUUCAGGUGCACACGGGGCAGCGGCGCUGGGAGUGUAGGGAAUGUGGCAAGAGGUACAGGCACAGCUCUCACCUCUACCACCAGCGGGUGCACACCACAGAACGGCCCUACACGUGCUUGGAAUGUGGGAAGAGCUUCAGUGUUCGAUCCACUCUGACCUCCCACCAGAAGGGCCACACUGGGGAACAGCCCCACGAGUGUUCCGAGUGUGGGAAAAAGGCUCGGAGCAGUUUGGAUCUCCUCAAGCACAGCACACCAGUGUCCCGAGUGUGGGAAGACCUUCAGGCACAGCUGUAGCUCGACCCAACACAAACAGAGCCACCACUAAGAGAAGCCCUGAGAGUGCCCUGAGUGUGGGAAGAGCUUCCUGUGCUGCUCCAGCUC